CAUGGCUUUCAAAGGGGAAAGUGCAGUGCCCCAAGGAUCGAUCCAAGACCCUCCUCUGGUUUUGUUCUGCUUUGCCUGGUUAAUAAACCACCAAGAAAGAUAAUUUUUAAACCUAAUUAGCUGAAAUGAGAAUUUAUUAACAUCUGAUUUUUAAAAACCCGAUUUGAGAAUUUUAGAUAAAUUGAUUUUAUAUUUUAAAAAAUCUCCACUGAUACUUUUGACCGAAAGGGUAAAGGAUAGCUAUCGACUUGGUAAUCCAAAAGGAGGGGGGAAAAAUUACCCGGUGCCCAAGGUGCCCUUACACAGCUCAGCGAACCUUGGAUGCUCCAAGGCCACUGCGGAGUGGAGUCUGGAGGACAUUCCUGGAGAUUUUAGAAACAUUUCUACCAUGGAAUCCAUCUCUAUGAUGGGAAGCCCCAAGAGCCUGGAGACUUUUUUGCCUAACGGCAUAAACGGUAUCAAAGAUGCAAGGAAGGUCACUGUGGGCGUGAUAGGAAGUGGGGAUUUUGCCAAGUCUCUUACCAUUCGGCUUAUUAGGUGUGGCUAUCAUGUGGUCAUAGGAAGCAGAAAUCCCAAGUUUGCAUCUGAAUUUUUUCCUCAUGUGGUCGAUGUCACCCACCAUGAAGAUGCUUUAACGAAAACGAAUAUAAUAUUCGUGGCUAUCCAUAGAGAACAUUACACCUCCCUGUGGGACCUGAGACACCUGCUUGUGGGCAAAAUCCUGAUUGACGUGAGCAACAACAUGAGGGUAAACCAGUACCCAGAAUCCAAUGCGGAGUAUCUGGCCUCGCUAUUCCCAGAUUCCUUGAUUGUCAAAGGAUUUAAUGUGAUUUCAGCUUGGGCACUUCAGUUAGGUCCCAAGGAUGCCAGCCGCCAGGUUUAUAUAUGCAGCAACAAUAUCCAAGCUCGACAACAGGUUAUUGAGCUUGCCCGUCAGUUGAAUUUUAUUCCUGUUGACUUGGGAUCCUUAUCAUCAGCCAAGGAGAUUGAAAAUUUACCCCUGCGACUAUUUACUCUCUGGAGAGGGCCAGUGGUAGUAGCCAUAAGUUUGGCCAUAUUUUUCUUUCUUUAUUCCUUUGUCAGAGAUGUGAUACAUCCAUAUGCCAGGAACCAGCAGAGUGACUUUUACAAGAUUCCUAUUGAGAUUGUGAACAAAACCUUGCCUAUAGUUGCCAUCACUUUGCUGUCCCUGGUAUACCUGGCGGGUCUCCUGGCAGCCGCGUACCAGCUUUAUUAUGGCACCAAGUACCGCAGAUUCCCACCUUGGUUGGACACCUGGUUACAGUGCAGGAAACAGCUAGGCCUGCUGGGCUUUUUCUUUGCUGUUGUCCAUGUUGCCUACAGCCUCUGCUUACCGAUGAGAAGGUCAGAAAGAUACUUGUUUCUCAACAUGGCUUAUCAGCAGGUUCAUGCAAAUAUUGAAAACGCUUGGAAUGAGGAAGAGGUUUGGAGAAUCGAAAUGUACAUCUCCUUUGGCAUAAUGAGUCUGGGCUUACUGUCCCUGCUGGCAGUCACUUCAAUCCCUUCUGUGAGCAGUGCUUUAAACUGGAGGGAAUUCAGCUUUAUUCAGUCUACGCUUGGCUACGUGGCGCUGCUCGUAAGUACUUUCCACGUGUUGAUCUAUGGAUGGAAACGCGCUUUUGCAGAAGAGUACUACCGCUUCUACACGCCGCCAAACUUCGUCCUGGCACUGGUUCUGCCCUCAAUUGUAAUCCUGGGGAAGAUGAUCUUACUCCUCCCAUGCAUAAACCGGAAGCUAAAAAGAAUUAAAAAGGGCUGGGAAAAGAGCCAGUUUCUUGAGGAAGGCAUGGGAGGGACAGUUCCUCAUCUGUCCCCAGAGAGGGUCACAGUGAUGUGACCCGGAGAGGUGCUCACUGACAACGUCGUACACACUUCCGUCCAAGCCAUCACGUCACGGCUCCCCCCACCUUCCCUGAGAGGACUGUCAAUCUGCUGUAGUGUGACACCUGGCAGUGAGAUUUCAGCUGAAAUCGUGCUAGCAUUUUCUUCAAGUUAAUUUUUUUUAAAUGUCAUAUUUUGCCAACAUGAAAUUUUGUAGCUCACAUGUCUUGUUAUCAUGUAGGAGUAUUUUCUUUUGUGUAACUGUAACAGCACUGUUAUUUUAACUAUAUUGCAUAAUCAGGCAGAACUAUUUGUAGUUGAUAACGUAGAAUGUUUAGAACAUUUGGCAAACCAGCAGAAUUUGAAGCUUUUGAUGUUACUCAGUGGAUAGACAUUUUCUCUGAGGCUAAGGAUUUCAAUUGUUACCCAGUUUAAGAAAGAGAAAUGCAUAAUUAUACAUCAUUGAGGAGGGACACAUCAUAUUAGCACCUAGAGUGUUCAGGAGUAAUCUUAUACUUUCAUAAAAAUGGGACUGGAAAAUGCCAUGAAUUAUAUAAAGCAGUAUGAGUGUGAGCACACACAAAUGAAAGAGGAACCUGAAAUUAUAUUUAAAAUGCACUGGAGGCAUGAAAUUAAUACUGCUAAUGCACAACUCAUGAGAGCUUUAUUCUCUUACGUUACAGAUCCGUUUCAUUUUCACAUUUAUGUCAGUCAGAGAAAGGGCUCAGCGACUUGGUCUCUCAAGCUGUAAUUCUGCCUCCCGUGUAACUCUGAAUACAGUACCAACCCCAGGAGUUGUAGAAAUGCCCUUAGUUGCAGUGAAAGUGUCAGGUUUGCACAUUGUCACGUGUCAGUUUGCAUAUGUUGCUUUGGCCAGCUGCCACUCUUCCUGAGUAGGAUUUUACUGCUGUCCACUGAGGGAGUGUGGCACGGUUCUAAACACUUGUCUUGUCCCAUUUAAUACUUACAACAAACCCAUGAAAUAGUUAAAUGAUCUUCAUCUUACGUAUGGGGAACUGAAGGAUAGAGAAGUUGAACUUCCCUAAGGUCACACAGUGAAUAGGUGGCCGAGUAGUCACCCUUCAGAACCCAUUGUCUUGUUAAACAUCAGGGCAUACAGCUCCUGCCCCAUCUCCAUGCACUGCAUCCAUGAUGCCAAUCUAGACGUUUCCUCUCUUGGAUAGCCACUGACAGUCUGUAGAGUAUGCUGUGUGCCGCACAGGAUGUGUAGAAGUAUCCUAGUCGUAAUUUGGGAAGCAGUUUAUAAGAACGAAGGAUAACAGGACACACAGCUAAUUAUAAACCUACUCCAGAGACACACAAUCAUUUAGAUUAUCCAUCAAAUGUUCUCAGUGCUGGUAUUCCAUGUGUAAACUGCAUUUUGUUCAAACUUGGGGAUAUACUACAUUUUUCCCAUUUGUUCCUUACUUAUCAUAGUAGAAAGUUAUAGAUAGGAUGUAAUUAUAUGUAUUCUUCCUAAAACUGUAUCAUUUCUAAAGUUACCACUGACUUGACUCCAACUAUCAAUAAUAAAAUGACUCUUAUUUUUGUGGAACUGUCUUUUCCACCAGUGUCUCUUUUUCUAUCCCUGCAUUUAGUCUGGGAAAUCACCCACUACUCUUCGAUGAUUUCUUGGUGAACUGUAACACUGAACACCCCAUUUUAAUUAUAUUGAUCAUAAUCAUUAAUUCUUAGCAGUAACCCAGUAUAGCGAUGGCUUUCAACAGUAAAUACCUACAAGCUGGUGGCGCACGCCUUUAAUCAGAGCACUCAGGAGGGAGAUGCAGGUGGAUCUCUGUGAGUUCGAGGCCAGCCUGUUCUACAGAGCGAGUUCCAGGACAGCCUCCAAAACAAUACAGAGAAACCCUGUCUUGAAAAACCAAAAAAAAAAAAAAAGAUGAUUAAAGUACAUGUUAUAUAUGUUAAGAUGUUAGGUAGCCCAUAAUAUAAAGUUACUGCUAUUAUACAUACAGGGGACCUUUGUAAAUAUAAAAUUACACAAAGGUUACAAAUAUCCUUCAAAUGACACUUUUUCUUUGGAAUGCUACAAAAAUGGAAUAAUUUUAGUUUCAUAGUAGAUGCAAUAAAGUUAUUACAAUUUUAAAUGAUGAAAGGCCCCCUCUCACAAUGCAUUAUCUAUUUAUUCACUUAGGGUUGCUUAAUUUAGUAUUUCCAUAAUUUUUCUCUUUAUCUUUAAGGGCAUUUUUCUGGCUUCAGAAGUAGACUGACGUUUGAUGUUGUCAAUUGUGAGAAGGUGGCGGUAGGGGAUUACCAUUCAAAGAGUAGGCCUAGGGAGGCCCCAGUGGCUAAGGGUCCUGGUGAGCUGGGUCUGGUCCCUGGGAUGACUGGGUACUGACUCCUACGAACUGCUCUCUGACACGACACGCACGCUCAUGUUCUCUCCUCUCUCUGUCUGUCUCUGUCUUUCUCCCUCACAUACAAAGCAAAUGAAAUAUAAUUUAAAACCCUAAGAGGUGCAGGGAGGGUAGGUUUUUAAAGAGGAGUGAAACUUUGUUUACCAAUUUAUGUUUUGAGAAGUAUGAGAAAAUGAUAGGAAUGUAGAAAACAUAAUCUGUCUUAAUCCUUUGUAAAGACAGCCAAGUAAUUUUUCCUUUGAGGAAAAAAACUCAUAUAACAUGUAUCAUGAUACUUAGUUUUUAUGCAGAUUUCAUGCUUCCUUUAUUAGGAAUAUUUAAAACCACAUUUAAAUAUAAAUGUAUGCAUAUUAACAUCUGUUUUAAGAAGAUACAUUAAAAUUUAGCUCAACUAAUCUACAUGAGAUUUUUAUUUAAAUUUUAAAAAUUAUAAAUUAUGAUUAUUUAUUAGAGCUAAUUAUUUUGUAUGGUACAGAGGGUGGCUGAUGAGUUCAUACUAAACUACCUGAUUAUUUUCUUAAAAAUUAGCAUAACUUCAAAUCGACAGAAUUUGACUUUCAAAAUUAAUUUGAUAAUGAUAAAAACAUGUUCUACUUAAGUCAAAUUAUGUGAAAAUUAUUUUUAAACAGGAUUCAAGAAUAUUCAAGAAUAAUUUGAAUGUGAUUAACAUAGUGGAUUUCAGGACAGUCAGGGCUGUAAAAAGACCCUGACUCAAAAACAAACAAACAAAAAAACCUUUCUCUUUCUGUCUCUUUACAUAAAUAUGUAUAUAUAUAUAUAUUCAAUUUUUUCUAUUAUUUAUCUCUUAUGUAAUAUGACAAAAUCUUAAAUUUUUAUGCCAUUAAGCUAUUAGUAACAUAUUCUAUAGUGUUCCCUCCCAAAAUGAGGUCUAUUUAUAAAAUUUAAGUAUUUCACGUGGCAUUUAAAAUAUAAGUACUAUAAAUGUAACUCAUAACUAUACUGUAAACAACUAAUAAAUCCUGCCUUUGAAAUGUGCAAGCAGAAUAAAAUAGAAAUUGUUUUGUUAAUUCAUGACAAAGCAGCGUCACAUGUAGUGUAACAUACCUCAGUCCACUGCUACAGUUCUGUGUGACAUCAGGAAAAAGAGUUGCCCAACCCUGCACUGUUCAGAAGUCAGUAGGACAAAUUCUGGCAUAAAGACAGUAGUAAGGUUACCUAAAAUGAAAGUGUAGCGAUUUUAGUGACAAUAGUCUGUUCUUCUGAGUGUCACAGAGUGAACAGGUUCUUUGGUACUUUUGAGUGUGACAAAAUCAUAAAGUACUUCAUUUUCAGUGGCUCUAGCCAUAUGGUACUAAAACAGUGUUUCUGUUUAGCCUAAUACGCAUACUAGGAAUUGUCGGGUUGUUUUUUCAGCUUUACGAAUCACUAAGUCUCCACUGUGCACAGAUCCACAAUGAAGGCAGACCAGGCAUCUUCCCAGUGGCUUAGACACACUCCUGGUAGCUAGAUGAGCUAAGGUAACUCACAAAAGCAGGUGCUGUAUAUGAGUUCCAAAUUGCCAACUUGCAGGAGUCAUUCUCAUGGGUUUUCUCCUGAGGCUUUUCACAGUUGGUCAGGUGUUUGCCCUUCACGCUGUCUCUUUCCUCACGCCUGGGCUGCGAGGACUUCUGUUCACACCUUAGGAAGCGAGUUGUCCUUGUGACUGGUCUCAGUGGCUGACUGGGAGGCGUCCGUGCGAUGAGUCCUGGCCUCUGAGGACGGCUCCAAGGAAAGUGGCAUGUGUUCUUCAUGGGCCCUUCCAUCUGGCUAAUGAGGUUGUGGACAGACAAUUGUCCCCACACUCAGAGGCAGAAUGGAGGCCACUAGAAAAGAGACAACUCCCUGCUUCUUCCUGUGCUUAAACAAUUUUAACUGGGUUUCUGUGUUCUCUGAAACUAACUUUUAUCCUUUCCAGUUCUUUGUCACAAUAUAAAUUAGCAUUCUUGAAUAGGUUAGACUAAUAAUUCUUUUAAAAGUUUUUAAAGGAUAAUAUACAAUUUAUGUUAAAAUUAAUAUUCUAUUGUUAAUUAAUUGUACUUGUUUUCUGCCUUUAUAUUUCAUUAGCUAUUUUGUAUGGGCUUGUGUGAUUUUCUUUGCACAAAUUUUUCUUGUAAGUGUGUAUUCAUUUUUGCUAAAGGUCUGUAUCCUGUAAAAUACUGUUAACAAACUGCAUACCAUGGUUUUAUGUCAUUCUCCUAGACCUGCCUUAUAUACAUUUCAAUAAAAAGUAUUAUUUAA